ACCACCAUCCACUCCAAUGAAAAGGAAGAAAACUUCUUCUUCAAAACAACAAACGGUUACAGCAACAUGUUCACAUUUACCUGAUGAAUGUUGGGAAAUUAUCUUCAGAUUAAUCAUCAACGACGACGACAACAGUAACAAAUGUGGCAUCUUGAAUCCUCUAUCCCUUGUCUCCAAACAGUUCCUCUCCGUCACCGACCGUCUCCGAUUAACACUCCGUGUCUACGGCGACGAGGAACUCCAUCGUAUAUCCGAAAGAUUCACCAACCUCAACUCCAUCGUGCUUGCAAUCUUCUGCAUUGACAGUGAUGAGCUUCUCCGCAAAAUCUCUCGUUUCCAAUGGAAACUACUCAGAUCGCUCAGUCUCUCCGAUCGACCCAGCAUUCCUACAAAUGGGCUGCGAGCUUUCUCACAAAAGAUUACAACUUUGACCUCUCUCAAUUGCUCCCAAAUUCCUUCUCUUAGUAGCUCUGAUUUGUUUCUCUUUGCAGAAUGUUUCCCUUUGCUUGAAGAACUCAACCUCAGUCAUUCCACAAAUUGCAAAAAUUAUAGUAGCUAUGUUGAUGGGGUAGAGGCUCUUUCACUUGCACUUAUUAAACUCCGCAAGGUUAAUCUUUCUAGCUUUCCCAUAAACAACCAAUCUCUUUUCCACUUGUUCAACAAUUGUAAGUAUCUUGAAGAUGUCAUUAUAUUUGAGUGUGAUGAAAUAACCAGGGCAGGACUUGCUUCUGCUAUCCGUGAAAGACCAACAUUGAGGUCUUUAUCGUUUUCGACUUCUGAUUUAAAUGAGGAACACAGACAAUUGUUUGCUACUUCACAUUUUAUCGACUCCUUAGUGAGUUUGAAGGGUUUGACUUGUCUUGUUUUUAACUAUUUGAACAUCUCAGAUGAUUUGCUGUAUUCUAUUGCAAGGGAAGAUCUUCCUUUGACGAGACUUGACCUCCCAUUUUGCACUAACUAUAGUUAUAAUGGAAUCUUGUGUUUGUUAUCCAAGUGUCGGCGGAUCCAACAUUUGAAUCUUCAAUGUGCUGUUUUUUUGAAUGAUCAAAAUGUUGUCCAAUUGUCUUCGAUUCUUGGUGAUUUGGUGUCCAUAAACCUUAGUGUUUGUAUGGAGCUCACAGAAUCAGCCUUGUUUGCACUCGUUAAGAAUUGUCCUUCACUUAGUGAGAUCAAAAUGGAAAGAAUUGGGCGUCUGAGUGAUAUUGUAGGGAAUUCUGAUUCUUUGGGGAAGUUGUGUGUAUACCCUCAGUUAAAGAGUCUCUAUUUGGGUGACAAUUCAUGGUUAAGUGAUAAAAUCCUCAUAAUGGUUGCUUCCAGUUUCCCCAAUUUGCAGCUGCUUGAUUUGGAAUCUUGCAAUCACAUAUCUGAAGGUAUUUGUCAAGUUUUAAGGAAAUGUUGUAAGAUCAGGCAUUUGAACUUAGCCGACUGUUCAAGAGUGAAGCUACUUGGAAUGAACUUUGUUCCCAAUCUGGAGGUGUUGAACUUGUCGUAUACAGAGGUUGAUGAUGAAAUACUUUAUUUGAUCUCAAAAAACUGUUCUGGGCUUCUGCAACUACACCUUGAUGAUUGUAGUGGUGUCACAAAGAAGGGAUUGGAAUGUGUGCGAAAAAACUGCAGACAACUUAGAGAGCAUGGAUGCAUCAUACCUUCUUCACAUAUGCAGCAAUUCUGAACUAUAUUAUGAUGCAGUUUAAGAUGCUAAAAGAAAACGUAGAAGUCAGUUGGACUGUUGGAGCACUCUACAAGGGGAGUAAAGAGAUAGACAUCAAAUAUGAAACUAUUUAAGGAAGAAGAAAAUGUAAGGUGGCAUAUAUCACUUGAUUUCAAAUAUGGUUUCAGGAAACUUAUUAUAGAAAAUAUUACCAAAUUUAGAAAAAGAAAAAGAAUGUCUUCAAGUGCAAGACAUUUAUAAACUUAGAUUUUGAAUAAGCAGUGAUAAGGUUUCCACUUCAAGUGCAUGACAUUUAUAAGACCAUCAUGAAAUUCUAACGAGGAAGUAAUGCUUCUUUGAAAUUCAUUGCUGUAUAUUAGAUUGACUAUUAACUAAUCAAUUAUGAAUUCAUAUAGUCAUUUAUUUGCUU